ACCACCUGUAAAGUCAAGAUCAAGAUUAAGCUCCCUCAACCAAAACAAACCCACAAAAAUGGCUCCAGCAGCUAGACCUCGCAGUUCCCACACCAGACGCGAGCUACAGCGGGAGAUACAAAAGCGGCAGGGCGCGGCCAGAGAUAAACGGCGUAACGGGAAGGAUAGCACUAGUGGCGGCGGGACAGACAGUGAUGGCGGCGCGGCGGGGGGAGGGCGAGGCGUGGAGUCCUACCUCCUACACGGCACUGAAGGCUCUGCUGUCUGCCAGGCUGUGUGCCGCCAUCUGGUCCAGCGUGGCGGACUGUGACGAGACCUUCAACUAUUGGGAGCCUACACAUUACUUCAUAUACGGCCGCGGACUGCAAACAUGGGAAUAUUCACCAUCAUAUGCCCUGCGGUCCUACACAUAUAUUUUGCUCCACGCUGUCCCCGGCAAGGUGUAUGCGACCCUUCUACAGUACAAUCGAAUGUUGGUGUUCUUCUUCAUUCGAUGUCUGUUGGCUCUCGGAUGUUCUGGCUGUGAACUUUACUUCUACAGGGGAGUGUGCAAAGAGUUUGGGUCAUUGGUCGGCUCGCUCACCAUCGGAAUAAUGAUUUUCUCAGCAGGGAUGUUCGGUGCAUCUACUGCCCUGCUGCCCUCCUCCUUUGCCAUGUACAUGACUCUGCUAUCAAUGGGAGCGUGGUACCAGAAGUGCCCCCAGCUUGCUAUCUUCACUACAGCCAUCUCAACCUUCCUGGGCUGGCCAUUUGCUGCUGCCCUGGGGUUGCCCAUCGCAUUUGAUAUAUUGAUGAGAAAGAAAGAAAUUACAAUAUUCAUCAAGUGGUGUUUAAUUUCUGUCAUCACAAUACUGGUUCCCAUGGUGCAGAUAGACUCCCACCUCUACGGCAGACUGGUGGUGGCGCCCCUCAACAUAGUGCUAUACAAUGUCUUCUCUUCGGGGUCCAGUCUCUAUGGAACAGAACCCUGGUCGUUUUACAUCUUAAAUGGAUUCCUUAACUUCAAUAUUGUGUUUCUCUCCGCCCUGCUGCUGCCGCUGCUGCUGUGUGUCUCUUACUUCAUAGAUAAGCAAGGUAGGUCAGGACAGGCUGGCACAGGAAGUCUUCCCCACUGGCUGGCUGUCUCCCCUCUCUACCUGUGGCUUAGCAUCUUCUUGGCCCAACCACACAAAGAAGAGAGGUUCCUGUUCCCAGCCUACCCCCUUGUGGCACUCUCCGGGGCGCUGGCUGUCGAGUACGGGCAGAGGUUGUGGCGGGCGUGUAUGCAGGCCAUGUGUGCGAGGAAAAGAAACACGCGCGCAAACACACACUGGUUUGCAAUUGUGUUUCUGGUCGUCACAUCGCUGCUGUCUCUCUCAAGAAUUGUGGGGCAGUAUAGAGCCUACCACGCCCCACUGGAGACUUACAUGGAGUUGAACAGGGUAGCGAGUGAAAGUGAACUCCCCUCCCACCUGCCCAUCAACGUGUGUGUGGGCAAAGAGUGGUACAGGUUCCCAUCGUCUUUCUUCCUGCCUGGCCUCAAGCUUCGAUCCUCCUUCCAGCUGGCACUUUGAGGUUCCUGCGCAGUGAAUUCCGGGGGCAGCUACCGCAGUACUUCCCAGAAUCGCCUAACGGAACUGCAAUCACUCCAGCCAAUGUCAAUAAUAUCAAUAAAGAAGAGAUUGAUAGAUAUGUGUCAGAGAGCGCGUGUCACUUCCUGGUGGACCUGGAUGAUUCUGAGGGCGUGAGUGAAAAGACAGCCUGGUUACGCCCGCCUUACGCAGGACUGGACCACGCUGCACGCCACGCCCUUCCUGCACGCCGCCAGUGCUCGUGACACGCAGGACACGCGGCGAAGGAUGCUGAGGAUGUACACAUGCUUGCGGGAGGUAGCGGGCCACGAGCCUGUCUUGGGAACCUGCCGCAGCGGUCUGUAACUCAGU